AAGUAAUAAAAUACUGAACUAUAGAUAUGACUGGAACGAAAAUGAAACAGCCAGGGUGCGCUAGCCAUACGGUUGUACUAUCAAAAACCGUCGGUUAACCGCAAUAAACCGAAAAAAUACUGGCGGAAAAGGAGGCCAAACUUCAAGUAAAAAAAAUUUUUUACUUGAAGUUUGAAUUGUCGACACCUUGCCUCCGCCAAUACUUUUGGAUGCCCCGAAGUAAUACAUGAAAUUGGUUUUUCCUAAUUAUUUUAGAAAAAGCGAUUUUAAUCUGAUUUUUAGCCGAUCUUUUACAUCAGUAGCCGAAACAAAAUAUAGUAUAACGAUUACUAGAGAAAACAUGUAUACUAAGCUUUGGUUCAACUCUCUCGGUCUUACGGUUCCUAAAAGGAACACAUCCAUUGACCGAUCGUCAACAUUAACGACUGUUUACGAGAUACAUUACGACAUUAUCCCAACGUCGUUACAGUUGCCGUGUUGUCAUGGUCAUCAUAUAUACCUGAUGUAAAUGGUUAAUAUAAAUGGCUGUCGUUUUUCGUCGUAAGUGAUCAUAUACGGUCGUUUACAAUUGAAUAAAAUUGUUCUACGGUUUAUUAUAUACCGUUCUGUAUUAAUAUUUGAUCGAAAUAAACCAUCUUAUGAAAACUUUUCGAAGACAUUUUUACUUUUGAAAGAGUCAGUCCAUCUGAAGACACUGUAAACAUCGAUAUUGUUCUUAGUCCCUAUUUGAUCUAUCGAUCGCGAUCUCUUUGUUUUCAUUUGUUCUCUGUUCGGUUUCUAUAGAAGAAAAAAAAACGAAUAAUUACAUGGUGCGAUGUCUGUCUGACGAGUGAAAAACUCUUUCUUUCCUUCAUUUCAUGGAAUGAAGCCAUUACAGUACGAUUUUUCAUUACAUACACAUGUGCAAACAUUUUGAAAGCAGUACACAUCGUCGAUGGAAUCAAUCAAUAAGAGAUUCUUCACAGUGUUUUGGAUUGGCGGAUCAAAUUUUAGUGUUGACCAAGAAAGGCAGUUCGCUGAAGAAGAUAUAAUAAAAGAUAUACUCUAUUUUGACGAUAACAAUAUAGAACAAUGUUUCGAAUGCCUACGAUUGACUUCGAAUGAGAAUAUUUUGCUCGUAAUCACCGACAACGCGAGGAACAAAAUUCUGUCUGAUGAAAAAGUUUUUAUGCAGAUUCAUAACCUUCAUCAAGUGUGCAGGAUCUACGUGGAUACAAGCUACGAUGAUCGUCGUCCAUCUCAGGCCUUUCCUAAAGUAUGAGCUUGUCGAUAGAGUUUUUUUUAUCCAUUUUCAUUUUUUCUCUCUGUUCUCAUAGAUGAAAUACGUAUCAAGGCAAUCACUAGAGAAAUUAAUGUUGAAGGAGGUGCAGGUAAUGAAGGUAUAGAAAUCGGUUUAUGGCAUGCAAAUGUAGAAAAUGAGAAAGAAGGUAUUUCUCAAGUAAUAUUGAUAGGCGAUGUACCCGCAAAUACAAAACAAGAAGUAGAGCAAAAGAGAAAGCACCUCGGCGAGGAUGACUGGAAAAAUACUAAAUUUAAACAAUCAAUCUAUUAUGCUGAUGAAUUAGAGAAAAAGAUUCAAGUACAUGCAUUUUUUGUAGAAAAAAGAGCAGAACAAAAUUUUCAUGAAAUCGCAAAAGAUCGAUGUGCCAUUCUAGAUAUUAAUUCUCCAUUAGGAUCAAAUAUGUUGACAGAUUUAGUAACUGAGGAAAUUCUUAGAAAUUUCGGUGGAAAAAAAGGAGAUACUCUUGUUGAUGCAUAUAGAAACAAAUUUGUCAAAAGCUACACAUAA